AUGAGUUCGCAACCGCCUUCUGAACGUUCCAGUCUUCGCAGAGGAGAUGCAUGUAUUAACUGUCGUCGAAGGAAAAUGAAAUGUGAUGGUGCUCGUCCAAUUUGUGGUCGAUGCCAACGAGCAGAUAGACCUGAUGACUGUGAAUAUAUAUCUGGACAUGAACGCUCUAUGGCACAAAUUCUAGAAGAUAGCAUCGCCGUUCUCGAGGCUCGCAUUCAACAGCUCCAGGACCCCCAGAUGUCCACGACCCCGGCGGCUGUACCGUCGUCCUACGCGGCUAACCAGUCGCCGCCCGGGGGUCUUGCGUUCCAGCGGAAUGCCUCACAGUCCUUCGCACGAGAACCUUCGAAGCAGGUCAUCGAAAAGCUAUUGGAUUGCUUUCUUCUACAUUCUUCGGAGUUCGGUUUUUUCUUGAACGUUCCUCGCUUUCGCCAUUCGAUGACCACCUUCCCGCCUGGGCAUCCCUCCCGCCCUUCUCCGGCACUCUCAUUUGCCGUAUACUUGUGGGGAGCCAAUCUUUCCCGCGAUGCGUCGCUCAUGGCGCAUGAAUCAGCUUAUUUGAACCGCGCUGCACAAGAGAUCGCAGUAAAUUUAUCCGGAAAUCACCCUAGGAAAAUUAUUGAGGGAGUUCAAGCAGAUGUUUUGCUCGCGUACUAUUUUUUCUUCAAAGCGCGCUUUUCGGAGGGAAAGUAUUAUGUGACAUCAGCAGUCUCGACAAUGCUCGCUGCAGGGCUACACAGGUUACCUCCCGCCCGGAGUACCUCCAACACAGCCCUCAUGAUUUUGCCAGCCCGUGAUGCUGUUGAGGAGGCGGAGAGAAUAAUAGGAAUUUGGACAGUUCUUGCCUUGGACAAAGCUUGGGCGGUGGCCCUCGAUGAGACGCCGAAUCUGUUCACGCUCAAUGGUAAACACGAUACACAAAUUGACAUCCCAUGGCCUCUCGACAUGGAGGAUUACGAACAGGGCCGGUUUGUCCCGCAACAGACGUCUCAAACCUUACAUAAAUUUUUGAGCAACAUUCCGACUUCAGAUGUAGGGUCAUCAAAGCAAGCCGUUCAUGCGAAGGCGGUUAUUUUAUGGGAAAGCGUGGCUGAUUUUUGCCGCACUUGCAAGACCGGUAUCCCGCAGCAAGAGGCGACUACUCUCCGUGGCACAUUCAAUUCUUUAGAUCUCCUCAUCGAGAGGUUGAUCGCAUCGCUACCCCCAACGGAUCGAAUUUCGGCUGUGCCGCAUCCUGCCAACGUUCGCAGACUCGUCUUUGCUCUGAGUCUGCUUCAUAUUUCCACUAUCUGUCUACAUGACGCCGUCCCACCCGGAAAUGAAGUCUCAAAGCAGAAGCGUCUGAAUGCCGCCCAGUCUAUCCUGGAAAUAGUUACUUCGAUAAAGCCUCGAAAUUUAGGCUAUAUAAAUCCGGUAAUUGGCGUAAGUCGCGGGAUAUGCUUCAGAGGUGCAACCGUUGAUUUCAAAGCGUCAGUUCAUUUGGGUCAAAGCUAG